AGUGUGGUUUCAGCACGGUUUUGGAGCUUCCCAGCGAGCAGCACAAGCCAGUUUUAAAGUCACUCUCAGAGAAUUCCUUCACACCUAAUUUGCUGCAGAGCAUUUUCUUCUGUCUUGUUUGAUGUCCUGAGGAAACAGGGCGGGGGGCGAGGGGUGCUGCACUCCAAUCCUGGGACGGGGGGCGUCCAGAUUCCCACACUUUGCAGCUCAAAAGGAGUCAGGAGUUCCACUGGAGGUCUGAUGUGCAAGUUGGCUCCAGUCUUAUCUGUUUACAACUGAUAAGAAGAAAGCGGACCUUCCCGGGAGCAGGGGGUCCGCCUGCUCACCCCCCCACCCCCGCCUCCAGCGGCUCCCAGGCAACCCCUUCCAGCUGGGCCUUGUUAGCCAAGCAAACCUGGGCUCCUCUGUGGUGAAAUGCAAAACUCUUUUUCUAAGACCAUUAAGUAAAGGAGAACAAGUGACAGGAUGCUGAAAAAUAGGUCUCAGCAGCUUUAUCACCCCAAGGCCCUCAGCCCUUGCCCCGCUAGCUCUGACUUUAGAGCUUGAGCAAACAGCCAGAGAUGGGACAUUCCUUCGCUAUUUCUAGCCUCUCAAUCUGGUCUUGCUGGCAACACAUUUCUCCUCUUUCUGUUUCCAUUUAUAAAAAUGUGUAUUUUCAAAACCUUAUUUGACACAGGAAAUAUGAAGUCUGAGACUUGCUUUAAAAAACUCCCCAAGAAAAAAGUAUGGGGGAAAUGAGAUAAGACUAGCAGAGUUUGAUACCUAAUUGUUGAACUUGACUUGACUGGAUCACUAUCCUAGUGUUUUGCAUAUGUUUGAAAAUGUCCACAAUACAAAAAUGAGAUGAAAAAAACUGUGGGCGAAAUCAGGUUUUGAUACUACUUUUAAAACGUUGAUGUUAUCAGAAAGGUUUGGAUUCAAUAUCAUCCUGUAAACUGGAUGGUUUUAAAACUUCUUACUCAAAGAAAUACCUUCCUUGGCUUUGUGUACAACCCAUUUUAUUUACAUAGAAGUUUCUAUUGAUUUAAAGUCACAAAAUGUACUUUUAUAUAUAAGUAAAUUAUGCAGUUAACAAGCAAUAACCAUUAAGUUUAAAAGUGUAUUUGUCAUGACUCCCAUUACAGAGGUUUCAUGAAGGCGGGAAGCGUCAUUCUCUACAUAUUCUUCUGGUCGGGACCUGGUCCUGGCAGCCCACAGAGCCAGUCUUUGGGGAGCCUCACAGCCGCCACACUCAUCAGCUCCCUGUUCCUUUAUUUAACAGCCUCUUUAAUAAACCUCACAUUUAAAGGUUUAAAAAAUUAGAUCAGUAUCAAAGACUAAUUCAUCUUUGGAAGAAGCAUGCUACUUUUAGAAAGCAGGUUUUAAAUUAAAAUCACAGACUAAUUUGCACCAGAGCUGCAAGGUGUAGUCCUCCUUAGUGCUGAUAAAAGGGCCCCAGUCCCCAUUUUGGCAAAUAGAAAAAUUGAGACUUGAAAGGCCCCAAGUCAUUCCUUUCUUGGAUGCAGAGCAGGCUCAGGCAAUGGUGGGCGGCAGUUACCCUGUGCUCCAUGGUCUUCAGAUACGAGCACCCUGCAGGCUUCAGCUCAUAGAGUCUGUGCAUCUCAGUGUUUGUCAGAGAUCUAGCUGCCACAAGGGAUUUCGAUUCUAAGCCUCGGCUGCCUCAUCUUUACAUGGUGGAGAAGGGUGCUGUAUUAAGUGGGUAAUAUAUAUGACACAUUCACCAACAUGCUGGACCCAGAGAAAAAGUUCAGCCCGUGGAAAUACCAAUACAUCUUCAGAAAGAAGAAAGGGGGUGUUGAAAUGUCUCCUUUUAUAUUCAUGAUCCCCUCUGGUUCCAUCCCACACAGAGGCUCCCUUCUCUAGCUCACCAUCUCCCAGUACAAGGAAUACAAAAUAUAAAACCUCCAUGUUCCUAGGAAAACUUUUUGUUCCUGUUGGGGUUUUAAUUUUUUGGUGUUUGUUUUGUUUUUUUCAGUGAGGGAAAGGCUUGUUGCCAUGGUCACCAACGUGUCACGUCAGGGGUUGACCACUCUGCUGCUGUCAGCACUGUAAACACCAUCCGGGAGAGAGUCAGAGCAGGUCUCCACCCUCUCCUCCACCCCCUCCAGCUGGGCUCAUUGAGGGACAGUCCCUGAAGCUCUGCAUGGGGCCUGCCUGUCACGGCAGGCCAUCCCCUAACCAGCUUCCACAGCAGAACUCAGAGGUCCCCUUGAGGUCUGGUGGCUAGGCAGAGGGUAGGAAACAUCGACACCUUCCUUGCUAACCCACCCAAUGUCCUGAUGCAGGUGUUCCAGGACCUGGACUGAGGAUACCUUCAAAUACAAAAGCUGUUCAGACUCAACUUCUUGCAAACUGAUCUUCAGUGUACUGAUGAAAGGAGAUUCUCAUUCCAGACGUGUCAGUGGGAGAAUGACCUGGAGACACCCUGUUAGGCUUCUGCUUAUGAUCAGUUUGGCAUUACAGAUCAUUCAUUCUGGAAACAGCUAUCAAAUAGAGAAGCAUAAAGGUAAUACAGAAGAAAUUAACAAUGCGACCACCCAGAAACUCCAGCUGAAAACGCUCAACUGGACCUUGAAUAAUUUCAAGGAGGUGAAUGCCAGCGCAGAGGGCUGGAGUCCGGAUUCACCACCCUACUCCUGGUCUCUGGAAGAGCGUGCGCCCCCGCGGCCGCGCUGCUGCAGGAACGGCGGCACCUGCGUGCUGGGCAGCUUCUGCGUGUGCCCCGCCCCCUUCACCGGCCGCCACUGCGAGCACGACCAGAGGCAGAGCGAGUGCGGCGCCCUAACGCACGGAGCCUGGACCUUCCGCGGCUGCCGCCUGUGCAGGUGCUUGUUCGCAGCCCUGCACUGCCUCCCGCGCCAGACACCCGGCCGCUGCGACCUGAAAGACUUGCUUGCCUCCCGCCCCAACGGACAGUGCAAGCAGCGCACGCCGGGUUUGCUCCUCCUCCUGCCCGGCUUCCUCCUGCGGUGCCUCCUGGGUGACGCGGGCGCCUGCUGACCCGACGCUCGGGGCCCACCCGCACUUCUGCACCCCAGGCCCAGGGCGUCCCCAGCACAGCAGGAGCAAAUGGCCCAUGGGAAAGUCAGGCGUGGUGCAUCCUCUUUAAUUUUCUGUUGUAAGGAAUUUGUUUUGUUUCCUAUAAACUGAAGUAUUAGAUGAAUAUUUUUGUUUAAUAAACGUUUUUGUGAACUAGC